GUGAAAGUGAUUAUAUGCUGACGAUUUCUAAACGAGGCCAAAAUCAACUGAAAGUGAAGUUUUAAUGUAAGGUAAAGUAUCAGCCAAAACAGGAGAUUCUUACUCUCCCUGUGGCUUUCUCAAGAUCCUCUCUUUGUUGGCCCGCGAUUUGCGUUAGUAAAUCUCCAGCAUGGAUCCCAUCGAGGACUUGAUUUUGCAUUCGUUCAGCGAUGAAGACAGUACAGACGAUAUGGAACUUGAACAUAGCAAUGACGAGUUAUAUGUGACCAAUUCGGAUAUCGGCGGGAUUGACAUGACUAAAAGCUCAGAAUCUCCCAGUGUCGAACUUCGGUUUUCACCUUCAGACAAUGAAGAUCACUAUACAGGAAUCUGCCCCAACAUGCCAUGGGACGACAAACCUAAAGUUGUUGAACGGUGGCUCCAAAUGUACCAGGAUGGAACAUUUACCACACAGUGUCUACGAGAAUUUUGGAAAAUGGUUGUCCCACCCAACUUUUGUCCAGUGCCUGGGCAUAAUUGCAUGGAGUCCUUGUAUGAUGAAGCACAAGUAGUGAGAGAAAUGAUCCUUCCGCUUGAGCAAUUCCUGUGUGCAGCUCCCACUGGAGAUCCCAACAAAGUGUGGGAAGAACUGUCCAAAAAUGACAAUCCGCCUGCUUUGUGCGGGCGUGUUUUCCGUAUGGGAGAACCCACAUACAGCUGUCGGGAUUGUGGAGCUGAUCCCACAUGCGUUCUAUGCGCCGACUGUUUCCGUAAUUCAGAGCACAAACAACAUCGCUACAAGUUGAGUACGUCGGUUGGAGGGGGUUAUUGUGACUGUGGUGACACGGAAGCCUGGCGUCAAGCUCCUCGCUGCUCACUCCAUCAGUGUGAUGCCACAGCAUCCGCCCUACUGCUUGACCCUACCGCCAGGAAGAAAGCAGCUUUAGAUCGUCUAGAUCGAAUAGCUGCCGUCAACAUGGGUGAUCGCUGCCGCAUUGUCAUCGAGGCAGUGCUGAAUUACGCUCAAGAGUUGUUAGGAUCCAACACAAAUCUCAAUCUACCAGCCGACUUAAAAAUCAAAGAAGGCGAUAGUGGAUCGAUGCCAGUAGAUCGGCGUGAUUUCGGCCCCUGUGGACCAGAGUUAUACACAUCCGUCUACGCCACGGCCGUUUAUAAUGACGAAUCACACACGUUCGAGCAGGUCAUUCAAGCUCUACAGCGUUCGCUGGAUGUCAGUUCUCGCGAAGCAGUCGAUCUUGCCACGUGCAUUGAUCGUGAGGGUAGAAGCAUAGUCCGUUGUUCAUCAUUUCAGGCUUGCAAUCAAGCACGUUCAGCUAUUGAGCGACACACGUCACGUUUGCCUCCACGUGCUCUGAAAGUCUGCGUCCUUCUUGGACCCUUCUUGGCUCACCAGGGACAUGCCCUCCGUCUCCUCAAUUGGCUUCGCAAAUUAAUGGGUAUUUGUGAAGGUUUCCGCCUUCUCCUAGCCGAUAUCAUUAUGAAGCCCAUCUCACGGGACUCUGAGGUAUCGCUAUUGGAAUCCGUCCUUCUAUCCGACACCCAGCUAUGGAAAGCUGCGCGGUCUGCUUGGCAUCGACUGUUUAUUGCUGGAUUAUUGAUGGAUCCUGACGCGAAACGGGAUUUCGCCACUAUAUUCACUCGACACUACGGACGACUGAUGAGCGACUUUAUUUCGGAUGAUCAUGAUCAUUCGCAUAGCGUGACAUCCCUAUCAGUCCAGCUCUUCACGGUUCCGACGCUCGCCCAGUACCUGAUGGGCCAUCAUGAAGCUUUGGCGGCAUUAUUGCGCUGCUUUCUUGGCGAGAUUGAUCGCCGAAAGAAUUCGGACGGCCUUUUAUCUUUCGAUCGAAGCCGGAAUCAGCAGUCGUUCCGACGAGCCAUGUACGUCUUGUACGAUAUCAAAUACCUAUUGUCAGCGGUGCCUCUGCCGGAGUUGGAAGAAGGUUCGCAAAUGCAACCGCAGUUGGCUGAUGACACUGAUUCGACAUCUGGACGGUGGAGCGAGCCAUUACGCAAGGGAUUUUUGCACGGGCUUCACAUGUUGCUUUCCCUGCUAGCUUCCAUGGAGGGAAUGGACAGUGUCGUUCGUCAGACGGGUCAGCAUGUGGAAUUCGAAGCUGAAUGGGAAGCGGCCUUUAAUCUUCACUGUAAACUUGCGCCCGUAUUGACGCUUAUUGUCCAGUGGUGUGCAUCAGACCGUAAAGUCCUUCUCAAGUCCACUAGAGCUGCCCUAAAGAAAUUCCAGGAAUUGCAACCCAUGGACCAGCAACCGAAAAACGCUGUUACGCUGUUGAACUUUACGCAGCUUUGCUAUGAUUAUGACGUAUCAUCGCAACCGAUCAGCGUUCAUCUUCCACUGUCGCGAAUGAUUUCUGGCCUCUUGUUGGCUUUACCCAAACACGGAUUGGAUUGGAAUUGCUCGGAGAUGGCAUUGGACUCGAAACCGACUCUGCUCCAACUAAUGGAAGCGCCUCUCCGUCUUCAAGUUUUGAUGGCACAGGUCCAAGCUGGGAUGUGGCGCCAUAACGGUUAUUCGCUGAUCAACCAGCUCUAUUUUUAUCAGAAUGUUCGAUGCCGGACAGAGAUGUACGAUCGCGAUAUUGUCUUGUUGCAGCUAAGCGCCGCUCUCUUUGACUCUCCUAAUUCGUUUUUGCUGGCCUGUCUUCACCGCUUCAAUCUGCUCAACUGGGCGCAAGCGGAUUUCGAUGCUAAUCAGCAGCAACUGGCCAAACAGAUUUCCUCUUCGACCAAAAAAAGCAAUACCGAAGAGGACAUGCUCCGCCAAACAAUCUUUAUCGCCGAAGAGUUUCUGCGUCUCAUAAUCAUCUUGUCCCUAGAGAGAUUUACGCCCGGCAUUGGACAGGUGGACGAAGACGAAUGUUUGAGCCACGAGGUGUUGCACUUGCUGUGCGUGGAAUCCCAGGGUCACGCAGCUCUCAAUCGAGCACUUCCAGAAGACGCGCAUCACGAGACGGGAUUGGAGCGCGUAGCUGACAAGGUGGCCGUCUUCCGAAAACCUUUGCAAGGGACAGGCCGUGGUGUUUUUUCGCUCAAACCCGAAUUCUACGGUGAUUACAAUGUCUAUCAUUAUCACUACAGUCGCGAGGAUCAGUCGCGAUCGGAAGAUAACGUCCGCAAGAUCCGCCGUGCCCGUAACGAGGAGAAUUGUUGCCCGCCACCCAUACCUAUUGUCUUGGCGCCUGCCCUGCGUGGUCUAGUCGGAUUGAUGAAUUGCCAGAUUACAAUGCACCUCAUUCACCAAGUUUUGACGAGGACCUAUGACUUGCGUUCGCGCACCUUUUCGGAAGGCCAGCUGCAGGCCGCCUUGCAUCUGACUGGUCUGGCGCUUCGCGAAGAAGAGUCGUGCCAGCAGGACAAAACUCGACCGCCCUUUGCGUUCAGCGUACAAGCUCAAGAACAGUUCGGAUUGCUCACCGUGCUCGAGUCGUUGCAGACAAACGGCAGAGUGGACGUUCAUCGUCCAUUGUUGAUGUGGACUAUUCGGAAAUUCCGUUCAGUACACUCCGCUGCCCAGUCAAGCAGUUCUGCAGAAGGAGCUGGUGGCGCCACGAUGGAGGCCGAAUCAUCCGAAGGCCUUGGGCAAGAAUCACCGGCCGAAGCAGCUGCUCGUCAGCGGAAAGCAGAAAUGGCUGCAGCCCGUCGUGCUGCCAUUUUGGCCCAAAUGUCAGCACAGCAAAAGAGCUUUAUCAAGGAGCAUGCAAAACUGUUCCAAGAAACAGGUUCAUCUAUUUCAGAGAGUGGAGGUGCGUCGACUACUUCAAAUCUCGGGUCUACUAUGAGCGGAUCAGCCAUGGAUUUGUCAGAAUCGCCGCCUACGGCUCAAAUCUUCCCAGUUUGCCUCGGUCCAGGCUUCACGGUGGCUCCUUCAACGUCAGAUACGAGCUACACGUGUAUCGUUUGCCAGGAAGAACAUCGUCAAACGGGCGAGCAACCGGCCAUGGUAUUGGCAUCUUUCGUCCAACUAUCGGCCGUCUUACGGUGGAAGAAUGACAAGGAUGCCGUGGAAGAACCGCUGCCUGAAACGUGGCCGAUGCUAAUUGAUGGCGGUCGGCGGAUCGGGACCCAUAUAUCAACGUGUGGUCACGUCAUGCAUUUUCAGUGCUGGCAGCAACAUUUCGACUCUCUUCUGGGCCGGGAACGCAGAAGAUCGUAUCGACCUCGACAGAGUGCCAGUUUCGACGUGGAACGCCACGAGUUUCUCUGCCCAUUGUGUAAAAGUUUGUCCAAUGCGGUGUUACCCAUUCUACCUAAUCGUUCAGCGUCGAGCGUGCGUCCCAAUGGAUCAGAAGCCGGCCAGGCUGAUAUGAGCAUUUGGCUGGAGGGCCUGCAGCUCUUGGCUGACAACAGUCGGGAAAUUAAAUACAGCAAAACGGAUAACACCAACAUCUACGAAACAUGCGGACCCACUGAGUUGGAAACUAAGUUGGGAUCCAUGAAAUCCAAGUUGUUUGUGAAUGUGCUGAUGGCUCGCACCCGACCAAAGAUAGCAACCACUCUGAAGGAGAUGGCUUCAUUGUUCGUCCAAUCGGUAUACACGACGGCAGUAGCAGCUAAUCCUAACGCAGAUGAUAUCCGAGUCCCCAUGGCGAUCGCCCAAGCGACCGCUUUCACCAUCUUAUCAACGGAAUCUUUACUUGCCUAUCAGAAUCACAGUCCUUCAUCUGGACUGGCCGCCCGCCAAGAGGAGGGUCUUAGAGCCCUUUUACGGUUGGUGGUUUCCAUGGAGUCUAUCGUCACUUCACAUGAAGUGAUGAAGAACUAUGCCCUUCAUUUGUUGCGUAUGGUUCUUCUCCCCAGUAGUACAAUUUCCGUCUUGGAGAUCGACGCAUUCGGUCUGUUGGUUGGUCUCUUUAGUACCUUACCUUCACUUAGUGAGCCAUCGUUCGAAAGUGACGUCCGAGGAGUUCCGCAAUUCAACCCAAUUCUGGCUUGGCACGUUUUCCGUUUGUGUUUGUUCUGUCACGUGACGCAAAUUGCGGCUACCAUGGCGCCCGCAUCCGAACAUAUGGAUAUGGAUCAGCCGUCAUGCAGCAGCAGUACCUUUACAACCUCGGCAAGUGAAAGUUGGCAGACCUACCUGCAAUUGCUAGGCCGCCCUGAUGUUGCCAGCCACACAAAUCACACGGAAAAGUGGGUCACGGAGCAAUGCCUUCCGUUUUUCCGGUCGUCGGCCAUCCUUUUCCAUUUCAUCACCAACAUCCCUUACCCGAAAUUGGAUGAUGCUUACGAUAAUUAUGCCGAAGCCGUCCUGUGGUUACACUAUUUAGGCGUCGAAUCUUUAAGCCAGCUGGUAUCCGAAAGCUGGACCAAAGCAUUGCUGUCUCUGUGGAACGUGUCGGUUGUUCCACCAUUGGCCAGCACCAGUGACGUCAUGUUAGUAGAGGCGACAUUAGCCAAACCAAGGCCACCGUGGACCUUUCCCGUUAUCUCUUCCGGACUCAUUACGCUUCCGUCCGACUAUAGUGAGCUCAUUAACGCAGCUUCUCUAUUCACGUGCCCCAAUAGCGAAGGUGACGAGGCGCGUACCCCGGCCAUGUGCCUCGUGACUGGCAAAAUGCUUUGCUCUCAGAGCUAUUGUUGCCAAACGGAAUUGGACGGGCAGCAAGUGGGUGCCUGUACGGCUCACGCUCAACUAUGUGGAUUUGGAGCUUGUCUCUUUUUACGAGUCCGUGAAUGCAAACUUCUCUUGAUGGCUGGGAAAAGCAAAGGUUGUUUCCUACCUCCGCCUUACGUUGAUGCCUACGGCGAGACGGAUCAGGGCCUCAGACGGGGCGAUCCGCUUCAUCUUUGUGAUGCCUCUCGCCGUAAAUUGGAGCUCCUCUGGCGCUCUCACGGCCUUUACAACGAAGCGGCUAAAUACAUGGAGAACUCCCAGGCUCUCGUCGUGACCGAGUGGCACCACCUCUAAUCCUCCCAUAUUCCCUCAUACACAUACACCCUACGUUUUAAUCGCCCAAAUCUCUCGCCUCUCAUUCUUUUUUCUCACGUUCUAUCUCUCUGUCUCUCUUAUACUUCUACAAGCUUGUCUUGUUGUGCGUAUCGCAAAACAAAAACAAAAAAAAGAAAGAAAAAAAAAAAACAAUAAGAGAAAAAUAGUUGAUUUCUUCUCCCUUGAUCUGAAACACUUAGUUGGAAAAUGGAAAAUGUUUGAAUGCAAAAUCAAUGCCGGGCAAAGAAGCGGAAAAGGGGGCUGUUGAGGGAAAGAAAACCACCAAAGUUUGACCCUCCUUUCUUCAUCUUUCUUUCUCUUUUCUGUGCAUCUCUCCAUCUAUUUUUUCUAUUUCCCCGUUUGUUUUUGACAAUGUUGUUUUUGCUUUCUUGUAAAAGUUAAUUCUCGAUUUCAUCCCUUUUUUUUUGCACUUAUUAGGUAAUUGGUUUCGAUAAGCAUAGAAACAUACAAAACAUCUACGUACUUUCGUACCAUUUUGGAAAGUUUUGAACUUUGAGUUUAAAUCUUAAAAAAAAAAAGAAAAAAACAUCUAGUAGAAUUUAAAAACGUGAAUAAAGCGCUUAAGUUUUCUCCUUGAAAAAGCAAAAUUAAGAAAUGAUAAUUUUUGUUUUCCCUAUUGCUCCAUUUCUUGGCCCCUUCUCCGUUUCUCUAUCUCUUUAACCACUUAAAUAUUGUUUCAAAUUUGAUGUGAAAAAACAAAAUCAGUUAACUUGCAUAAAAUGGAAAAAAAAAACUGAAGAUGGUGAUGAAAGAAGAAAAACGAAUACACUUAUUGCGUGUG